GCUGCGCUUCUGCUCCACCUCUUGGCGCUGCUGCUGCUGCUUUCUCUGUCCUUCUCCUGCGUGAGGGACCCAAGUAGAAGCUGCUCGCUCUUGGGUUGCCACCCUUCCUUUGCCCUGCGCCUCUCCUGCUGUUAGGAAGCCCUUUUUUGUUUGUUCUUCGCAACGCAUUUCUCUCCCCCCGCCUUUGCUCUGUUUCCCGCUGCCCCCACCCCACCGUUUUAUUUGCUAAGGCAGAUUGAGGAGAGAAAUCGGAGCGGACUGCUGCACUGUGGGCUCGAAGCUGCCAGGACCAGCGGGUUUGGACUCGGUGCCUCAGCCUGCUGCCUUUCGGAGCGCGGGGUCCGCAGCCCUAGCGCUGCAGUACCGAGGCCGCCAGAGGGGGCGUGGGACCUUUAGGAUCAAGAGGGAUUCAGCACCCUGAGAGACUGGGCUCUGUUCUGCUGCUGACAGGAUAACCUAUCGGUGUGUCUGGAUCUCUGAAAGAGAAGCUCUUAUCAGUGCAAAUGCCAAUGUCUGGUGGGGACUAAUCGCCUCAACCCUUGACAGCAGCACCUCCUUUCUAUAUCAUGGGACCUGAUGGCGGCUUCCUCAGUACUGGGCUGCUUCAUAUCAUCAUAUGGGGAAGCUUGGCAGCCAUGACCAUGCUCCUGGUCUUCAGUUUUCUGCUCUUCCUCUGUUCUAGCUGUGAUAGGUACCGGCAGUGUCCUCCACGUUGGGAAGCCAGGGAGAAGACACCCAAACAGCAGAAUGGGGACCAUGAAAAUCUGAUGAAUGUGCCUUCAGAUAAGGAGGCAUUUAGCCAUUCCAUCACAAGUCUGGCUACAGAUCCACUUGCCAGCAGUGAACACAAUGGAGGACUUAGUAAUGGUGAUGUUCUCUCAGAAGAUAGCACAACAGCUUGCAUCCAGCCUUAUGAAGAAGUGCAAACCUCUGCUACUGAUCUGUUGGAUCAACAGGACAGUCAGGGAAGGUCUUUAAAAUGUCAUCAAAGCAGGGAGCUACCCAGAAUUCCUCCAAACAAUGCCAUAGAAACUAUUCUCUCUACAAGAAAUCCAGAAAAUGAUCAAGGUCUGGGAAUGGAAGGGCCUUAUGAAGUGCUGAAAGAUAGCACCUCCCAAGAAAACAUAGUUGAAGACUGCUUGUAUGAAACUGUGAAGGAAAUUAAGGAGCUCGGAGCAACAGCCAACACAGAAAAGAGCUGUGGUAACAAACCAAAAGCUACAAUGAUGGUUAACGGAAGUCUAGAUCAUGUUCUUGAGCGCAAAAUUGAAUCAGCUGAGUAUGCCUCUGUUGACAGAAAUAAGAAAAGCCGCCAAAGUGUUAAUUCAGAGAGUCCUCUUAGCAACACUCCAGACCUGGAAGAUGAAGCUCCACCUCCAGUUCCAUUGAAACUCCUUGAUGAAAAUGAGAAUGAGCAGGAGAAAGGAGCCAAAGAGGAGGAGGAAGUGACAGAAGGGCCUAGUGAACCUGACAAGAGGCUUAGUUCAUUGUCUUACAAAUCUCGAGAAGAAGACCCAUCUCUUACAGAAGACGAGAUUUCAGCAAUGUACUCUUCUGUAAAUAAGCCAGGGCAAGCCACCAGAGAGCUGGAGUCUACAUACACCUGUAUUCCAGAAAUUGUACCUCAGAAGUCACCAUCUAUUUGUAGUGGCCUCUAUGCCAAUGUGAAGGACUUGGAAAAUACCCCAAACCUUACUGCCAUGCCUCAGUCAACAGACAGACUAAAUGGGGACUUAGAGCCAGACUAUGCAGCGAUACAGACUAUAAACCGUGAAGAAGACAGAAAUGUUUUGGUGCCAAACAGCCAAUCAGUCCUUCCACAAGAGAAUGACUAUGAGAGUAUUGGGGAUUUGCAACAGAACAAGGACAUCACCAGGCUUUAACUAUGUGAAAUGCAAGGCUCUGGGAACUGAUUUUUUGGCUGUGUUUCAGGUGACCCAAGGUGGAUUCAUACUCCAUGUCUUAUCAUUUGUAACCUUGACUGACAGUUGAGCAUACAAAAUCAUCUCCAUUGAAAACAAAAAGUAUUUCUGUUUGAAGUGAUGUCAGGUGAAAUGACAGUUCUGUCUGAAAUGUUUGGCUGUGAUGGCUGCUACACAUGUAGCACUUGUACACUUGUAGAUGUGACUUCACCCUGAGGAGCAGGCAACGGAUAUUGCUCCUACUGAAGAUCAGACAGAGGCAAAAUGGAAGAAGUGAGCUUUUUUCUUUAAAAACACCAAAACCACAACCCUUUGCAUGUUUUGGCAAGAUGUACGACACUACUUGACUGCUCUUGUAGGUAAUGGUCUCAACAAUAAAAAAUAUAUAAAAUCGGAAUCAGUGAAGGUACUGGAAGGGCUUCCAUAGAGAGAAUCAGUAUUUAGUAAGAAGAUUGUCUUGUUUGUCACUUGUCAUAUAUACGUGUGUGUGUGUGUGUGUGUGUGUGUGUGUGUGUGUGUGUGUGUGUGUGUGUGUGUGUGUGUGUGUGUGUGUGUGUGUGUGUGUGUGUGUGUGUGUGUGUGUGUGUGUGUGUGUGUGUGUGUGUGUGUGUGUGUGUGUGUGUGUGUGUGUGUGUGUGUGUGUGUAGCUCAUGGUUUUAAUUUUAAAAUGUUUUGCCAUCUAUUUUUUAAAAAAAUUAAAUUGUACUUUCCGAGUUGUAAAUUCUCUUAGGAUGUUUUCAUACAUGCACCAUUUGUGGUGUUUGGCAUGCAUAGUAUUGUUUCACCAGAUAUACAGGACAACUUCCAAAGAAGUAAUUUUCAGUAACAUGCUUAUUGCAGCCAUGGAGACUUUUGUCAUUGUAAGUGAACAAGUGAACCUGACCGUAAUCUUAUGCUUCAGCUUUCGUCUUGCUCUGCAGAAUUGGAAAAACACAGCUGGGGGAGGGAGGGAUGGUAUUUUUGGGAGAACUGCACACCCGUUUCUGAGGAACUACAGCUAAAUAUUGUUGAAAGUGGUUUGUAGUUUAGUUUGCUGUGUUGUGUUCUACAGCAGGGAUAGUAAACAUGUGACUCUGCAGAUAUUGUUGGACUAAAAAUGCCACCACCCAUGGCUGAGAUUGGGGGGGGGCAGGGUGGAAGGGCACAGUUUCCCUGGCCCUGGUCUACAGAAUGGUACUAUCAUUCACAAGUGAUCUGUUCACAAAAAUGCUUUAAUAACAUUUUUAGAACCCAUUUCUCAUUCCCUGUAACAGUAUGCCAUGAUCUAUUUGCAUUUAGAACCUCAAUUUUCUUAAUGGAGAUACAAUUAUCAAACUUUAAAAUGUAAGAUUUACUAUGUGCACACAUGCUACCUUUCAGUCACAAUCACUUUUGCUUUGGAAUGCACAAUAUUACAUUACCUAUACAGUAUUUACAUUACCUAUCUGAAGAGGUGUCAACAUUUUGCAUCAGGUGCACUUCCUACACAGACAGGCACUUGAUGUAACUUUGAGAAAUACCCUUUUUAAAUGAAAUGGUAUGUGAAACAUUAGAAGUUCUAUAGCAGCUAUGGGGAACCUUUGGCCCUCCAGAUGUUGCUGAACUACAACUCCCAUCAUCCCUGGCCAUGCUUGCUGGAGCUGAUGGGAGUUUUAUUCAUUUAUUAAAUUUAUUUAUUAAAUUUAUAUCCCUCCCUUUCUCCCAGAAAGAGCCCAGGGCGGCAAACAAAAACUCAAAAAGAGUUGUAAUUCAGCAGCAUCUGGAUGGCCACAGGUUCCUCAUACCUGUUCUACAGAGUCUGGAGUUAUUUGGUGAGGUGACCAGGUUUGGAGAUAACUGCAAAGUAUUCAGGAUAUUAAAGUGUAAAGCAAACUGUAAGCAUUAAAUUGUUUAAUUAAAAUGAAUGUUAAUGCACACAAGGAAAAAUAAUUCUUAACAGCCUCAAGAUUACUCCUAGUUGCCUAUAAUUUUUGUCCUUCUCAGAAUCAUCUGGGCAACAUUACCUCUCACUAAACCAAUUUCAAGCUGAAGCCAACUCAGGGUAGUUGCUCUGUUGAACCCCUUCCUUUAUACUCAGGUAAGAUUUUGUAAAGUUCUGAAUGAAUAACUAUGGCACACAGAAAAGGUAUUUCUUUUGCACAGGCCACUGAGGGUGGCAAUUUCACAUGAUCACAGAAAAAAGAUAAUUGGUUUUAAUGCGUGUUGAUGCAGAUUUUUGUAUA